UUCGAAUUCCCAUUUCUCAGCUACCGGAAAAGAAAGAAAGAAAAAGAUGCCGUCGGAUGCCAGCGAUCAACGGCGACCAGCGAAGCUGGGCGCCCCCCCGCCGCCGGAGCCAGAGCAUCUCCGGUGCCCGCGCUGUAACUCCACCAACACCAAAUUCUGCUACUACAACAACUACAACUUCUCCCAGCCCCGUCACUUCUGCAAGGCCUGCCGCCGCUACUGGACCCACGGCGGCACCCUCCGCGACAUCCCCGUCGGCGGGGGCAGCCGGAAGAACGCGAAACGCUCCCGCACCGUCCCGUGUUCGAGUCCCGGCAGUGUGAUUACCGGAGCUCACUCCUUCUCCUCCGGCGGCGCCCACGAGUUCCGCCGCAUCCACGCCACCUCCGCCGCUCCGGGACCGUUCCUCUUCCCGGUGCAGGGGAUUGAGCAGGGCCCGCCGAUGCUGAACUUGUGUGGGAGCUUCACGUCGUUGCUGAACACGCAUGGGCCUGGUGGGCUUUUGGGGCUGGGUGGGUUUGGGGUUGGGCCGGGGAUGGAGGAAGUUGGGUAUGGGAUCGGGAGGGCGAUGUGGCCCUUUCCGGGAGUUGCGGAGGGCGGAGCGGCAGCCGUGUUGGGCGGUGGUACUUGGCAGCAGCUCGGCGGCGGAGAGAUUGGUGGCGAUACUUUCGGGUUUCCGGAUCUUGCAAUUUCUGCUCAGGGAAAUGUUAUGAAAUAAAGUUGAAUUGUUCGUAGGUCAAUCAGUCGGGUCUGCUUAAUGUCAUCCGAUCAAAACUCUUUAAUUUCUUCAUAGGUUAUUUAGUAAUGGUUCAAACUUCAAAUGUUAAAUUAGGUCUUGUAAAUCUUAAACCUCUCGGAAUUGUUGUAUCUUUAGAGUAACUCCUCUCGCUAAUCGGAGUUUUGCUUUUAACGGUUAUCAU